GGAGCCACGGCAUCAGGAGGACAUCCUCCUGAUGCUGUAACUGGAGGGGCUGGCAGCCUGUUCUGCCUCCUCCCUCAGUGUAACAUAUGCUGCCAUUAAGGGAUCUUAUGCACCUGCCACAUACCAGGCAUGGGGCUAAGCAUUUAUCUUCUGGACUGCUCACAGUAACCUUAUGAUGUGGAUGUGAUUAUUAUCCCCAUUUCACAGAUGAGGAAACCGAGGUUCAUGGGGCUAAGCCUCUUGCUCAAGGUCAUAUGCAGCUACCAAGGGGCAGAGCCAAGAUCUGAACCCAAGAUGUCUGACUCCACUAUUCAUCAUUGACUGACUUUUUCUUUUUUUUUGGCUGCGUGGUAUGUGGGAUCUUAGUUCCCCAACCAGGGAUCGAACCCGUGCCCCCUGCAGUGGAAGCACGGAGUCCUGGACUGACGGGACUGCCAGGAAAUUCCCCUGCCUGAGUUUUCUCAGGGCCAUAGUUCUCUGACCUUGCAUCUGUCCUCCUAUAGUACUCCAUGUCUCCCUGUCCCUCUUACUAGUGCCCUUUCUCCUCCCCGCAAGACUCUCACAACCCCUGCCCAAGCUGAGGUUUCUCUGAGCUCUCUGGGUCUCCAUCCCCCAGAGGAUGCUCUCAGGCCCGCUGCUAAUUGAGCACGUAUCCCACACUCCUUGCCCCUUGGCAGCUCAGAGUCAGAAUCUCUUGACCGUAUCAGGUCACCAAGCUCAAGGGAGUCUUUCAAGAAUGAAAGAUACCAAAUAAGGUUAGGACUCAGGAGCGGCCUACUGGAUUCAGCAAUAAGGAGAUCUCAGGUGUCCUUGGUGGUGGCAGAGGUGGAAGUAAAAGAGCUGGACCAAAAAGAAGAGAGAUGCUAAUAGCUACAGUAGCAUUUCAUGCUUACCAAUCGCUUUAUAAAUAUUAAUUCAUUUAAUAGUCACAAUAACUCUGUGAGAUAGAUACUAUCAUUAGGUUUCCCCAAGGGGAAAUUAAGGACAGAGAGGUUAAACAGUUUGCUCAAGGUCAAGGUCAUAAAGGUAGUUCACAGUGAAGUCCGAAUUUAAAAAUCUGGGCGGUCUGGCUCCAGACUCCAUGCUGUAAACUGCCAAGUCAUAUAUACAGCUCUCGGCUGUGAGGAGGGGAGUGGGCAUUGGUGGUUAGGACUGGAAGAGAAAGAGAGGCAAGAGCCAGAGGAGGAUAAAGAAGGGUGGGGAAAAUGAUUUAUAAGUGGAGUGGUUCCCUCUCCUGGACCAUAAACCAAAAGGACCUGACAGCAGCUGGGAAGGGAGAUAAAGUGACUGAGGAAGGAGGGGCUGGGUGGGGCCUGGGGACUGCUCUCUCCUGGGGCAAGCCUUCAGGUUCUGUACCUUUACCCACAACUCUGUGGGAAAUUCACAGCCCAGUGAUCCACAGAGUUGGUAACAGGCAGAUACGAGGGGGCCUCACGUGGGGAUGGGGGCUGAGGACUGAAAUGCAGCCAGCUGGGCUGCCCUCAGGGAGCACUGUCAGAGAGAAGCUACCAGGACUUCAGGGCCUGAGCUCCCCCAGUCCCAGGGCCUGGCUUCCCAGGUACCAGAGACUCUUUAAGUGGUAAGCAGCCCAGAAUGCUCUAGAAAAGCCACAGAUCAGAGUUUGGGAAGGGGCUGCACGGCCAAGAUAGCUGAGGCCCCAGAGCUGGUAUCUUGCCCUUCCCAGGUCAGGUCCUGGGUCUUCCAGACCUCCAGGACACACACAUGGAGUCCUGUUCUUUCCACAUAUAGACAUCUCACCUGGGCCGGAGAACAUAACUUGUCAGGCCAUGAGUUGGUUUCCAGACCUUGCUCAUCUAGGGAGUUUCUUAUAAAAAGUGGGGAGGGGGACUCCUCAGGUUAAAAGAUACAUGCACCCCAAUGUUCAUUGCAGCCCUAUUUACAAUAGCCAAGACAUGGAAGCAAUGUCCAUCGACAGAGGAAUGAAUAAAGAAGAUGUAUUACAUACAUAAAAUGGAAUAUUACUCAGCCAUAAAAAAGAACAAAAUAAUGCCAUUUGCAGCAACAUGGAUAGACCUAGAGCUUGUCAUACUGAGUGAAGUCAGACACAGAAAGACAAAUAUCAUAUGAUAUCGCUUAUAUGUGGAAUCUUUAAAAAGGGUACGAAUGAACUUAGUUACAAAACAGAAGUAGAGUCACAGAUGUAGAAAACCAAGGUGAUGGGGGGGUAAAAUUGGGAGAUUGGGAUUGACAUAGACACACUACUAUAUAUAAAAUAGAUAACUAAUAAGGACCUACUGUAUAACACAGGGAACUCCUCAAUUCUCUGUAAUGGCCUAUAUGGGAAAAGAAUCUAAAAAAGAGUGUUUAUAUGUAUAACUGAUUCACUUUGUGGUACAGCAAAAAAUAACACAAUAUUGUAAAUCAACUAUACUCCAAUAAAAAUUUUAAAAAUAAAAUAAAAAGAAAGGAGACAAAGAGAAAAGAAAAGAAAAGCCUGCCUGGGUUCAAGUCCUCCCCAGCUUUACUGAAAUGAAUCAGAUGCAAUCCUGUCCUCAAGGGUCUCAUGGGCUGGAGGGGAGAUCUCUCUGUAGAUGGAUUAUAGUCCAGUAUGAUUAACUGAUGCAAGGACGGACCUCAAAGAAGCAGUGAAAAGGAGUGAGGCCAGAGGCUGGUGAUGGCAGGUGGAAGUGGGGGGCAUCUCAGAGGCCUUAUACCCAGAUUAAAAGCCAGGACCUGGCACUGUUUGGCUCGGGAACAGGCAGGACAGGCAUCAGAGGAAAGGUCUCUGACUCUCAGUCUCUGCAGGAUUGCCUGGCUCUGGGAUGCAAACAGUGGAUGGACCAGUAGGUGGAAACCAAAGGGGAAAGACUUGGCUUUUCAUGGUAAGAGCCACCCAGGAUAAAUGCCUGCAUGCUCCAGGCUCCAGGCAUUGUUUCUCUGAAUAUUACCGACUGCCCUGUGAAGAAGGAGUUAUUGAUCCUGUUUUGCAAAGGAGGAAACUGAGGUUCAGAGAAAUUAGGUAUCUUGGACAAGGGUACAGAGAGCUAGAAUUCAACCCAGGUUUGUCUCUCAAGCUUGUGCUCGUAACCACCUCUCCAUGCUUCCUCUCUUCAGAAAACACUUGCAUUGAAACCAGCUCACAGUGUGGGGGAAGAAGCUUCCCAGGACAGGUCAGAGGUGUGAUGUAGUGGUGUUUGGCACACUGCCUGUCACUUAGUCAGUGCUCUGCGAUCAGCAGCUGUCAUAACACUUAAUCAUGCAUCUGUCUUCUCACCUGGAGCUGGGACAGUAAUUCCUGUCACCCUGGCUUCAAGGACAUGGUGUGAACUGUGGGGUCAAUGAUGAUGGCAUUUACGACAUUCAAAGGCCAGCCCAGCCCUGCAGGCAUAGGGAGACACAUCCAGUUCCCAGCACCAGGGAAAGCUGGGUGACAGCCUCAAUCCAUCAAUGAUAACCUCAGUCCAGCCAAACUUUAUGGGCCCAGGAGGUACUUAAGUGCUGUGGGGUGAAGGCUAGCCCAGUUCCCCUUCCUCAGCACAGGCUGCUGUCCAGAGCAGGUAAGUAGAUGUGGGGUGCAGGUGAGAGUGCCCUGGGCCUUGAGAGACCAGCUAUCAGCUUCGAGAGCAAGACGCCAAGGUGUGUGGGUCUGGGCUAGAGUUGGGUCUCCUGUCCUCAGCAGUUCAGGACCCGGUUACUCCUAGCCCUGCGAGUGGAAGAGGAGCUUGGGGAAGCUUCAUGCAUGAGAGGGUGUAGACCUCAGCUACCUCUUGCCCGACCUCAUCCUGGUUUGACCCACACACCACUGAGUUCUAGGGGGUGUGGGUGUGCUCUGUCUGCUCUGCAGCUGCCUCCCCCUUGUCUACUGACACAGGGUGAAGGCUGGGGUGGGAGGUGACCAGAGUUGAAGUAAUGUUGCCUAGGGAUCUAAGGUGGGUGAUGAGAAGGCAAGCUAAGGAGGUUUGCUGGGGGAUAAGGAGAGCUCUGGGAGCAGCUUUUGUGACCUUCUGCCCCAGGCCCCCAGCACCAUGACGGUUUCAUACACCCUCAAAGUAGCGGAGGCCCGCUUCGGAGGCUUCUCUGGCCUGCUUCUCCGUUGGAGGGGAAGCAUCUACAAGCUCCUCUACAAGGAGUUCCUCCUAUUCAUCGCCCUGUAUGCUCUGCUCAGCAUCACCUACCGGCUGUUGCUGACCCAGGAACAGAGGCAUGUAUAUGCUCAGGUGGCCCGAUACUGCAACCGCUCUGCAGACCUCAUCCCCUUGUCCUUUGUACUGGGUUUCUACGUGACCUUGGUGGUGAACCGCUGGUGGGCCCAGUACACAAGCAUCCCGCUGCCGGACCAGCUGAUGUGCGUCAUCUCGGCCAGCGUGCACGGCGUGGACCAGCGCGGCCGCCUGCUGCGCCGCACCCUCAUCCGCUACGCCAACCUGGCAUCGGUACUGGUGUUGCGCUCGGUCAGCACCCGCGUGCUCAAGCGCUUCCCCACCAUGGAGCACGUGGUGGACGCAGGUUUCAUGUCCCAGGAAGAGAGGAAAAAGUUUGAGAGCCUGAAAUCUGACUUCAAUAAGUACUGGGUCCCCUGCGUCUGGUUCACCAACCUGGCGGCUCAGGCCCGGAGGGAUGGGCGAAUCCGUGACGACAUUGCUCUCUGCCUGCUCCUGGAAGAGCUGAACAAGUACCGGGCCAAGUGCAGCAUGCUGUUCCACUAUGACUGGAUCAGCAUCCCCCUCGUCUACACCCAAGUGGUGACCAUAGCAGUAUACUCCUUCUUUGCCCUCUCCCUGGUUGGCCGCCAGUUUGUGGAGUCAGAGGCAGGGGCUGCAAAACCUCGGGAGCCUCUGGAGCCCGGGCCAGCCCUGGGGGACCUGGACAUGUACGUGCCUCUCACCACUCUACUGCAGUUCUUCUUCUAUGCUGGCUGGCUCAAGGUGGGCACUUCGGGUGGUCAAGACAUGGGCCCAGGGCCCACCCCAACUCCGGGGUUAGAAAAUAGGGCUCUAAGCCCAGAAAACACUCUUCACCUGCAGGUGGCAGAACAGAUCAUCAAUCCCUUUGGCGAGGAUGAUGACGACUUUGAAACCAACAAGCUUAUAGACCGCAACUUGCAGGUGAUUAGGGGUCUGGUGGCAGCUCACUGGCAGUCAGGCUCUCCCUCUCUGCCAGUUCGCAGCCCAGGUAUGCAGGAGAGGGGGAUCCUUGUGACCCGCUGCCCACCCCAGGUGUCCCUGCUCUCCGUGGAUGACAUGUACCAGAACCUGCCUCCUGCGGAGAAGGACCCAUAUUGGGAUGAGGACUCGGCACAGCCGCCCUACACCGUGGCCACUGUGGCCGAGUCGCUGCGGCCUUCCUUCCUGGGUUCCACCUUCAACCUGCGCAUUAGCGACGACCCUGAGCAGAGCCUGCAGGUGGAGGCGUCCCCUGGGCCAGCCCGCCCAGUGACCGCCGCGCAGACCCCGCUGCUCAGCCGCUUUCUGGGCGUAGGAGCGCCCUCGCCAGCCAUCAGCCUCCGGAACUUCGGCCGCGUCCGAGGAGCCCCCCGGACCCCUCACCUGCUGCGCUUCCGGGCCGAGGAGGGCGGUGACCUCGAGGCCGCGGACCGCAUCGAGGAGGAGUCGGGGUCAGGGGAUGAGGCCCAGGAGCCCUGAGCAGAGGCAGCGGGGCCGGGCCGUCUGGCUGCCUCCCCUAGGCCCUCCGGAGCUAUUAGAGCAGCACUUCCAUGCACCCUAAGCCGGAGCACUUAGGGACGACCCUUGAGGGCAGAAGAGCCUGAACCAGAGUUAGGAAUGUGUCCACUUUGGCUUGGGGGAGGUGAAGCUAGGACACAAGAGGCAAGGUACAGAGGACUAGAGCCCAGGCGCAGGAUUAAUUUCCUCCGCAAUGCGGGGCUAGGCCGGUUCUUGAGGGAGCAUCAGUAUCACUGAAGGGCUGGUUAAAAAGUUCUGGGUACAACUCCCAGCGUUUGCCUCAUUAAAUCUGGGAUGGGGUCAAGAAUUUGCAUUUCUUAAAAAAAAAACUGCAUUUCUAGUAAGUUCCCAGGGAAUGCU